AUGGGACGUAUCAUUGGGCUCGAACUCUUCAACUUCAAGUCGUACCGAGGUGUGAACCGGAUCGGGUUUGGGACGUCAUGUUUCACGUCGAUCAUUGGCCCCAAUGGAUCAGGCAAAUCCAAUAUGAUGGAUGCCAUAUCGUUUGUGCUUGGAGUCAAGACGACUCACUUACGGUCGUCCAACUUGAAAGACUUAAUCUACCGAGGCAGGAAAACAGCUGAUAAUAAUCUUGGCGAUUCUGAGGAUAAUGUCGACGAUAUCGAUCCGACACGGGCACAUGUGUUGUGUGUAUAUGAGAGGUCAGACGGCGAAUUGUUGAAUCUUCAACGGAGUAUCGGACUUAGUGGCACGAGUGAAUAUCGGAUUAAUGAUCAGAUUGUCACUGCGUUACAUUACUCCACGGUGCUAAAGAACGAAAACAUCCUUAUAAAAGCCCGGAACUUCUUGGUGUUUCAAGGUGACGUUGAGCUGAUAGCUUCACAAUCUCCACGAGAGCUUAGUCAACUUUUUGAGACCAUCAGUGGCUCCAAUGAACUUUCCAGAAGCUACGAUGACUUGAAACAAGAGUAUGAUGUUGCUCAUGAGAAGUUGUUGCAGGUCCUUUCCCGUAGAAGAGUCAUCAAAGAUGAGUCCAAACAGUAUGAAAAUCAAAUGUCAGAACAACGACUUUUUGAAGAGAAAAUCAAACAGAAACUCGAUAUCAUCAAGAUCAUUGCCUUAUACAAGGCGUACCAUAACGAGAAACGUCAUUUUGAUCUUGUAGACCAAUUGGAUCUGAUGAACCAACAAGUUGAAAAGUUGACUCACCAGUUGACUGUAGAAGAAAAGGUUUACAAUAACGAAGUUUCUAAAUAUACAGAUUCUGCAUUACUGGCCAAAAAGGAGGAUGACCAUAUCGAUUCAUUGGCAGAGAAAAUUGAAGACUUGAAACGUGAAUGUAUCCCACUUCAAGCCAAUAAAAGGGCCACUGAAGCCAAAAUAAAGGCAUUGAAAUCUAAAAUAACCAUUCUUAGCUCCGAUAUUGUGAAGCAAGAAAGAAUAGUGGCUGUUGUUAAGAAACAAUUGAAGGAAACAGAAGCUUUCCAAAAGGACUUCAUAAGGAAAUUGGAAAAAUCAACUUCAAGCACCAGUCAAAGUAUAUCUCUGGAAGCUCAUCAACAGUAUAAGCAAUUGAGAAACGAAUACUUGGCCCGAGGAGGUUCUGAAUUUGAGCAAAAGUUUGCUGUUUUGGUCAAUGAAAAGGAUUCUGUGGAAGCAAUAAUUAACAGUUUCGCCAAUCAAAAAACCAAUAGGGAACAACGACUUUCGGAUUUGGAAUUUAUAAUUGAAAAUGAUUUACAAAUCCAAUUGAAUUCCACUGAAGAAGACUUAAAAGCCACUGAAGCCUCCAUAGAAUUGAAGAGUCAACAAAGAACAAAAUUAAUUCAACUGAAGGAAGAAUCUAAAUAUGAAGAGUUGGCCUUGAAUUCCAAAUUGAGAGAUAUUUUGGUUGAAAUGGACGAAUUAUCUUCCGAAGAAAGAGAAUCCAAAAAGCAAAAAAGAUUACGAGAAAAUGUCCUUUUAUUAAAGAGAUUAUUUCCUAAUGAUGCAGUUAAAGGUUUAGUUUAUGAUUUGGUCCAUCCUAUCAAACAGAAUGAUGAUAUUGCACUUCUGGUAGCAUUAGGCCAACAUCUGGAUUCAAUUAUUGUUGAAUCCACAGAAAUAGCUCAUAAAUGCAUAGAAAUUCUAAAGGAUAGAAGGUCAGGAGUGGCUACAUUUAUUCCACUUGAUUCCGUAGUAACCACAGAGUCACUGAACUUACAUUCCUUAAGACAUUUACAUAAUGGAGCUAGACCAUGUAUUGAUAUUGUUGAGUACGAUCAAGCAUUGGCAGCCGCAUUUGCUUAUAUAUUUGGCAAUACUUUAGUGGUGGAUAAUAUUGUAUUGGCAAGAGAGUUAAAAUGGAGUUCUAAAUAUCCUUCAAUUGAUAGCAAGUUAGUGUGUCUUGAUGGUUCUGUGAUCCACAAAUCAGGUUUAAUGUCAGGUGGUAUUAGUGAUAAGAAGCAAACAGCUGUUAAGACUUGGGAUAAGAGGAAAUGGAAUAAAUUAUCUGACAAAAAGGAUGAACUUAUGGCCAAAUUAAAUAAGUUGAACAGUUCAAGUCCUCGUGAAUUGGAUAUAAAUUCAAUUGCUGAUGAAAUCAAUGGACUAGAUACUCAGGUUUUGGCCAUGAAGAAUCAAAUAACAAAUCAAAAGAGAAUAAUCAAAGAAAGAUACGAUGAAGCAGAAUAUGAGAAACAAUCGAUAAAGGAAUUGGUUCAAAAGGUCAAAGAACGAGAAUUGGAAAUUAUACAAAUAGAUUCCAAGAUUGGUGGUGUUGAGGAGGAAAUGAAGCGACUUCAAAGCACAGUUUAUGGUGACUUUUGCACAUAUAAUAAGUUGGAGUCUAUUGAAGAUUAUGAGAACUUAUAUGGGUCAAGUUUGAGAACACGGGAAAGAGAAAAAUCAAAGUUCACCCGAGCUAUAAUGUCAUUGAGGAGUACUGUUGCGUUUGAAGAGGAAAGAUUGGAAGAAACCACGAAUAGAAAGAAAGCUGUUGAGACUGAAAUUGAAGAUUUACAGAAUGAUAUCUUGAAGCAAGAUGAGGAGAACAGACAACUCUAUGAUAAAAUUGAUAAUCUUGAAGCCGAAUUAGAAGUCAAUAAAGGUGAACGGAAGAAAGUUGAUAAACAACUUAAGGAAUCAAUGAAAUACAUUAAACAUCUUGAAAGUAAUAAGCAAGCAGUUGAAUCUGAGUUGAAUGGUUUAAGUAAAAAGAUUGUGUCUAUGGAAGAAGUGUUAAAUAAUGUGGAUAUGGAUAGGGCCAGUCUUUUAAAGAACUGCAAGAUAGAUAAUGUGAAUAUUCCAUUGAAGAAGGGGCUACUUGAAUCCAUUACUCUUGGAGAGAAUAGCGAAGACUUGACUCAAGAGAUAUAUGCAAUUGAAAUUGAUUAUGAAAUGUUGGAACCCAAAUAUAAAAGAACAUUCAAUAGCCGGAUUGAAGGUGAAUUGAAUGCAAGACAACAAGAUAUAAUUGAACAAUUGGAGAAAUUAACUCCCAAUGUAAAUGCUGUGGAAAGACUUAAAGAUGCCGAGAAGAAGUUAUUAUCAUUUGAGAAAGACUAUACCAAUGCUAGACACGAAGAGAGCCAAAUAUUAGAGAGAUUCAAUGAUGUUAAGCAACAAAGACAUGAUCUUUUUAUGAAGGCUUUCAAACAUGUUUCUGAAAGAAUUAGCAAUAUAUAUGAAGAACUUACCAGAUCUUCAACUUCAGGGUCAUUAAAUCAAACAGUGGGUUCAGCAUAUUUGACUUUAGAAGAUGAAGAUGAGCCUUAUAAUCAUGGUAUUAGGUACCAUGCUAUGCCACCCAACAAGAGAUUUAAAGAGAUGGAACUACUUUCUGGUGGUGAAAAGUCUAUGGCUGCAUUAGCAUUAUUAUUUGCCAUUCAAUCAUAUGUUCCCUCACCAUUUUUCGUCUUGGAUGAAGUUGAUGCUGCUUUAGAUAAUGCUAAUGUGGAGAAGCUUGGCUCUUAUAUUCAGAAGUAUUCAAGUCCUGAACUUCAAUUCAUUGUUAUAUCAUUGAAGAAUUCAUUGUAUGAGCUUUCUGAUUCUUUGGUUGGUAUUUAUAGAGACCAAACAGAGAAUAGUUCCAAGACGCUCACCGUGGAUCUAACGAAAGAAGUCGAGAUAAGAGAUGCCUUGGAAACAUAUAACCUCAAACAUAAUCUGAGUGUAACCAUUGAUCAAAUCCAAAACUCCACGCAGUUAAUCCAAACAUUCGCAUAUGCCAAAAGCUCACCUAAAGUGACUAUACCUCAAGUAGAGAUCAUAUAUUUAACAUCCGAAGGCGAAGGUAUUGCAAUAAUAUCCAAAUCCGAUACCAGUUAUGCUUCUGAGUAUUCUGCCGAGACUUCCUCCGAGUAUGCACUUGUUAUAAUCCCCAAAGCUAUACCAGGUGAUAUUGUCACUGUAUCUCUUCGUAGACACUUUACCAAUUAUAUUGAAGGAGUAGUUGAAAGUGUCGAUGUAGAAUCACCCAAUAGAAACGACCUGUUGGUGCUCUGUGGUAAAUUCAAAGAAUGUGCUGGUUGUCAAUUGCAGAUGCUUUCGUAUGAAGAUCAACUUGAAUAUAAGAGGAAUAUAAUCAAGAAGGCAUAUAGUUAUUUCCAUCCUGAGUUAACUUUAGAUGAUGAUGGCAUUAUUGGUCAAGUUAUUGGGUCACCUUUGAAGUAUGGAUAUCGUACCAAACUUACACCCCAUUCGUCUUCAAUAGAUGCUAUUGGAUUUAACAAUGUUCAUUCAUGGAAAGGGACAGUUGACAUUGACCAAUGUGAUAUUGCCGUGCCAGUAAUCAACGAGGCAUUUCAAAUUACCAAGGCCAGGAUUCUCAAUGAUAAAGAUAGUACUACAAAAGGGUCUGCUCUUUGUUUCAGACGAAGUUUUGAUAUCAACUUUGACAGUGGCACAGCAACAGAAAUAUGUCAGCAAGAUCCUAAAGGGUGGGUAACUGAAGUAAUUAAUGAUACAGUAUUCCAAUUCAGAAACCAUCAUUUCUUCCAGAACAAUGCUUCCAUCUUACCAUUGGUUCUCGAGUACAUCAAGGCUCAAAUUGCCGAUGGCCAAUUCAAGUACUUGAUCGAUACUUAUUGUGGCUCUGGGUUCUUUGGAAUUAGUCUAGCCAAUAGUAACGUCAUUGAGAAGGUUUAUGGCAUUGAAAUUGCAACUGAACCAGUGGAAUAUGCCAAUAGAAAUGCCCGGUUGAAUGGUCUAGAACACAGAGUGCAUUUCAUUGCUGGAGAUGCCCAUGAGAUGUUUAAAAACCCUGACUUUGUAGCGGCAAAUGUUAAAGGUGAAGACUCAGUGGUGAUCAUGGACCCGUCUAGAAAGGGCAGUGACGAAGCCUUCUUGAAGCAAAUCAAAGAGUUCCAACCAAAGUUGGUAGUGUACAUUAGCUGCAAUGUCUUUACCCAAGCCAGAGAUGUUGCUAUGUUUUAUAAGCUUGCACCUAAUUAUCGAUUGAAGAGCGUUGUAGGGUUUGAUUUCUUCCCUCAGACCAAGCACGUGGAAACCAUUGCAGUGCUAGAAUUAGUCUAA